AUGGAACAUGAAGAUCGAGAAAAUUCCGAUGACUGCCCAUCAUCCACUGACCGAAAAAAUAGCCAAGAAAAUAAUAUUCAAGAACAACAUGACAUAAGCGGAGAAGAAGAAGAAGAAGAAGAAGAUCGAGACGUUAUUAUUAAUUCCCCGGAAUCAAUGAUGUUUAUUCCGACAGCUCCAGAGAGGAGGCAUCAGUGUAAGGAGUGCGAGAAGAUUUUCAGCUCGGGCAAGGCCUUAGGCGGGCACAUGAGCAGCGCCCAUGUCCAGGCUAGCAAGGAUUACUCUUUCAAAAAGCUCAAAUCCAAGAUCACGGGCUCCCGGGCCCACCUCAGCUCGUCUGAGGACAACGCGUGCCCCAUAUGCGGAAAGCUCUUCCACUCCCAGAAGUCUCUGUACGGCCACAUGCGUUGCCACCCGGAUCGCGAGUGGAGAGGAAUGGAACCCCCGAGAUUGGGAACGACUAGUCAAGAUCAAGAUUUUGGGGAUUCUUUGAGGGGUUGGCCUGUGAAGGCUAGACGAGGCCGCAGGCCCCAGCAUCCUCAGCCUCAGCCUCUUCUUGAGGAUGACGAGGAAGCUGUUUGGGCUGGGCACCAACUUCUCAGCUUGCUCAAACCAAAUCUUGGGCCCGGACAAGAAAACUCGGCCCACGAUUCCAAGAGGCAGAAAAUUACAAUCCCCCAGGUGAAAAUCAGGAACACCAAUAGCACUGGCAAGGGGAAAGUAGUGAAGAUGGAUGAUAGUAAGGGUAAGGGUAAGGGUAAAGGUAAGACUGAUUUUCUACCUGGGCCAGAAAAUCCAGAAUCCGAAAAUGGCCUCUUUUUCACGGCCAUUGGUGUGCUGGUUAACGGAACGCGGGAAAAUCAUCCCAAUCAGAGCCUUGAUGGUUUGUGUGAUUCGAGUGCAGAUAAAUAUGCAUGCAGCAUGUGCAGUAAAGUGUUUCCUACCCACCAGGCGCUGGGUGGACACAAAUCGAGCCACAACAAGUUCAAGAUUAGCAUUGUGAAUGCGGUCGAUCAAUUUAGUACUUCUGAGGAUAAGAAUCUGAACCGUAAAGCGAGAAACAAUGGUGAUGAGCAGAAAGAAGGUCAACUCAAGUGUGAUGAUAAUGGUGGCAAUAGUAAAGACAAAGGGAAAGUUGUGUGGGGUUUUGAUCUCAACAUGAUUCCUGAUGAUGAGGAUGUUGAAGAUUUGUCUGGUGAAAAAUAUGAGGUUUAG